CACCCAGAUGUGAGUUUUCCUUUGUUUCCUCAGCACCCUCUGCUCUGCCUUUCUCUGUAAACUAAAGCAACCUCACAACUUAUCAUAUUUCUACUCUCCUUAUAUAUAUUCAUUUACAUACACCUAUGCACUCGUAUCAGAUAAUUACAAAGAGAUUCAGGAUUCAACUAAAUUUUCCUAAUGGCAGUUGAAGCUCGCGCGGCAUGUAAAUUCCUGGCAUCCGAUAACAGACAGCUGCUGACCGGGUUUGAUGAAAAUUUAAAAACGUACGGAACUUCAACCGGACAUGGAGGAUUAUUAUUACCUCCUUUAUCCGAAAUCACGACGGAGACAUUCCUUCCAAUGUACUGCACCACCAUGGCUGACUCCUUUCCGACCGAACAUCCACCGCCUCAGAGUCACAGUGGCGUCCCUCGCACACUUCCACUUAGUAGAAAACGUACCAGAGGUUCUAUUCUUCAGUUGCACCCAAACCAAAAUCAUCUCGAUUUCACCUCAUUUCUAGGUGAAGAUAUCUCGCUAAUGAUGCAGAUUCAGCAACGUGAAAUCCACGAUUUUAUUGCUCAUCAUGUGGAGAAGUUAAGAUCCGAAGUCGAAGAACAUCAAGACGUUAGCAGGAGAAGAAUCAGAGCGGCGGUGGAAGGGGUGAUAGUCAAGAAAUUAAGAGCAAAAGAAGAAGAAAUGGAAAAAAUAGUAAAUUUAAACAGGGUUUUGCAUGAAAGAGUGAAAUCUCUGAGUAUCGAAAACCAGAUGUGGAGAGACUUGGCUCAGACAAAUGAGGCGACUGUCACGACUCUGAGGACUAACAUUGAACAAGUGAUGAGACACCGUGCCAGAGGCAUCGAUAGUGCUGAGUCGUGUUGCAGCAGCAACGGGGAAGGACAAGAGGAGUAUCAUGCCGGAAAUUGGUGUAGAAAAUGUGGGAAAGAGGAAUCAUGUGUGUUGCUGUUACCAUGCAGGCAUCUGUGUGUUUGUAGUGUGUGUGGAUUGGGUCUCAAUAUUUGCCCAGUUUGUAGAUCAACAAAAACUGCCAGUGUAGUCGUUAAUAACUGUUGAUUUUUUAAUCUUUAAGACAAUUUAAUACAUUUUGCCUUGAGAUUUAUGCUUAAGACAAUUUAAUA